AUGCGCGGCCUGGUGUCCUUCAUCGCUGACCUGCGCAACGCCCGCGCGCGCGAGCUCGAGGAGAAGCGCAUCAAUAAGGAGCUGGCCAACAUCCGCCAGAAGUUCAAGGACGGGAACCUGAACGGCUACUCCAAGAAGAAAUACGUCUGCAAGCUGCUCUACAUCUACAUACUUGGAUGGAACGUCGACUUUGGGCAUCUCGAGGCCGUCAACCUCAUCUCGGCGACCAAAUACUCGGAGAAGCAAAUUGGUUAUCUGGCUGUCACCCUGUUCCUGCACGAGGAGCACGAGCUGUUGCACCUGGUCGUCAACAGCAUAAGGAAGGACCUUUUGGAUCACAAUGAGCUCAACAACUGUCUGGCUUUGCACGCGAUUGCCAACGUAGGCGGGAAAGAGAUGGGCGAAUCCCUGGCUUCGGAUGUCCAUCGUCUGCUGAUCUCCCCGACCUCGAAGUCUUUCGUCAAGAAGAAGGCGGCGCUGACGCUUCUUCGCCUCUACCGGAAAUUCCCCGAAAUCGUUCAGCUCGAGUGGGCGGAGCGUAUAAUAGCGCUCAUGGAUGAUCCAGACAUGGGUGUGGCGCUUUCUGUCACGUCGCUAGUGAUGGCUUUGGUGCAGGAAAACCCGCAACAGUACAAGGGUAGCUAUGUCAAGGCUGCUAAUCGGCUUAAGAAGAUCAUCAUAGACAAGGACUGCACAGUUGACUAUCUUUACUACAAGGUCCCUUGCCCUUGGAUUCAGGUCAAGCUAUUGAGGCUUCUCCAAUACUACCCUCCUUCGGAAGAUACGCACACGCGGCAGCUGAUUCGGGAAUCGCUGCAUCACAUCCUGGAAUCUGCGAUGGAAAUGCCCAAGAAUGUACAGCAAAACAACGCUCAAAACGCCGUGCUUUUUGAAGCCAUCAACCUUGUUAUUCACCUCGACACGGAGCACGAUCUCAUGGUACAAAUCUCGUCGCGACUGGGCAAAUUCAUUCAGUCCCGGGAAACGAACGUCCGAUACCUCGGUUUGGAAGCCAUGACGCAUUUGGCGGCACGCGCAGAGACACUGGACCCGAUCAAAAAGCACCAGGGUAUCAUUAUCAACUCGUUACGAGACAGGGACAUUAGCGUCCGUCGUCAGGGUCUGGAUCUGCUGUACAGCAUGUGCGAUUCUAGCAACGCGGCACCCAUCGUUUCUGAACUUCUCAAAUACCUCCAAACUGCCGACUUUGCCAUCAGAGAAGAAAUGGUCUUGAAGAUUGCUAUCUUAACGGAAAAAUAUGCGACGGAUGUACAGUGGUAUGUGGAUAUCUCGCUGAAGCUGAUCGCCAUGGCUGGUGAUCACGUUAGCGAUGAAGUCUGGCAGCGUGUCAUUCAGAUUGUCACGAACAACGAGGAGCUCCAGGUGUAUGCGGCUCAGAACAUUCUUCAGUAUGUCAAGGCGGAGCACUGCCAUGAGACGCUGGUCAAGAUUGGAGGCUAUCUGCUUGGUGAGUUUGGUCACUUGAUCGCGGACAACCAGGGCUGCAGCCCAAUUGAGCAAUUCAUGGCAUUGCGCGCCAAGAUGUUGGGCUGCUCGUCCAGCACGAGAGCAAUUCUCCUGUCUUCUUUUAUCAAAUUCGUAAACUUGUUUCCGGAAAUCAAGCCGCAGCUCCUGCAAAUCUUCCAAGAUUUCAGCCACACUCUGGACUCGGAACUGCAGCAAAGAGCCUGCGAGUACUUGGCGCUGGCCACGCUCCCGACAGACGACCUCCUAAGAACUGUCUGUGACGAAAUGCCCCCUUUCCCCGAGCGAGCCUCGGCGCUGUUAUCGCGACUCCACCAGAAGCACGCUGGCACGAGCGACAAGCGGACAUGGGUGGUUGGCGGCAAGGACGCCAACACCGACCCCAAGGAAUUCAACCUGGUCCAGCACACCGGUCUCAAGCGCUCCUUCACCAAUGCCGUCUCCAACAACGGCACUCCGACAACACCCAACGGCGGCUCGAACGGUGCCAGUGGUGCCAACGAUCUUCUGGGGCUCGACAUGAGCGGCAAGGCCACGGACGCAAACGCACCAAACCUCGCCAGCGCGGCCCAUCUCUCUCCCGACUGGGAGAUUGGGUACAACCGACUGCUGCUCCGCGCCGAGGGCGUGCUGUACGAGGAUGCGCAGAUCCAAGUCGGGCUGCGGUCCGAGUACCGGGGUGAGCUCGGCUGCAUCAUCCUGUACUUUACGAACAAGUCGUCUUCGGUAAUGGGGUCGUUCACUACAACGCUAGACAACCGGUCAUCGGAGACGUUGAAAUCCGACGUCAAGGGACUGCCAGAGACCAACGUCCUGCCAGACGGGCAAACGCAGCAAAUGAUCAUGUUCGAAGCGGUCAAUGUAUUCGAGCACCCGCCAACGAUCCGCAUCUCGUACUUGGCGGGAUCGCUGCAGGCACUGACGCUGCAACUGCCGGUCGUACUGCACAAGUACAUGGAGGGGGCGAUGCUGUCGGCCGACGACUUCUUCAAGCGCUGGAAGCAGAUUGGAGGCGCGCCGCGCGAGGCGCAGAAGGUGUUUGGGCUGGUGGGCAAGGGGCGCGCGACCAGCAUGGGCUUCACGCGCCGCGUUGUCGAGGGCUUCAAAUGGGGGCUGCUGGACGGCGUGGAUCCGAAUCAGAAGAACAUUGUCGGUGCUACGGUGCUGCACACGCGCAAUGGCCGGUGCGGAUGUCUGUUGCGUCUUGAGCCGAACUUUGACACUAUGAAAUACCGUCUCACAGUCCGCGCCACCGACGAGUCCGUGCCCCCUGUCCUGCUCAAAUUGAUGGAAGAGCGCCUCUCCCAAGGCGAGGCCGCCUAA